AUGUGGACCGAAGUAUUCACACAAUGCCAGCGGGUGGCCUCCAAGGGUCCUCGCUCAUUGUUUGAAGGAGCUGCCAAACUGCCCCGCCAGGUGGCCGUCACUAUUCCACCACACUCAGAGAUGGUGGUUUGGACCUGCGUAACUAAUAAUGCGCCGGGGAAUCCAUGUACGGUGCUGGUGGAACCCCUACCUGGUAGUGAUAAUGAGUGGUGUAUUGGGCGCACUCUGGCCACCUUAAGUGGAGGCAGAGUCCCCUGUCGAGUAUGCAACCCAAAUCCCUAUCCUGUGGAGGUCCCCCAACGGGUACCCCUAGCCCGGGUUACAGAGGUGGAAACUGAUGACAUUCAAGGGGAACAGGAACUAGUUUUCAGCCAGGUGGAGCCUGAUGUGGUAGAAGUAGCGGUGAGGCGUGUGGGGAUUUCUGCAGAAGCUGAUGAGAAUCUUCACCCAAUAUUGUCCUUACAGGGGGAUGGCCUUACGGAGGAACAGCAGCAACAAAUGAACAAUCUACUUCGGAAAUGGAGCGGCAUCUUCUCCCAGCAUGAGGACGAUUUCGGUCGCACCAACAUAGUAAGACACCAGAUCCCCACAGGUGUUGCCCCGCCUAGCCGAGAGCGUUACCGCCCGGUGCCUCCGAGCCUUUAUAGCGAACUCCAAGUCCUUCUUAAGAACAUGCUGGAGAAUGGCGUUAGCCGGCCCUCAAGGUACGCGGAAACUGAAGCAGAGCUUGAGACGAGACUCGACAGCAGGGACACGCAGAAGGGACACGCAGGACACUCGAGGAGCGGCCCCAGGAGCAGCCCCUGUACCAGCCCCGGUACCAGCCCGGAGCGGCACCAGGAUCAGCGCAGAACAGACGAGACGGGUCGCGAGUCUUCUGUGGCGGACGGACGCGGUGCAGCAGGAGCGGCCCAGGGAUUUACAGGACGCCAGGGUUCGAGACGCACAUCCAAUCUGCGCGCGCGCACUAUCGGAGCCCACCAGGAGUGUGGAGAAAAGGCCAGCACCAAGCUAAGUAAAGGGACUGUGACCGAGGCUCGGACAGACGUAGGCAGACGCGCGCUCUGGGAGUGCGGGCAGACUGGUACGCGGAGCCAGCUCGGCCUGGAUCAGCAGCGGACCAGACCAGCCCGGGGUGGCUAG